GGGGGGAAAGCGGGCGGGAGGGAACCCGUGGGUGUGCUGGUGCACAGCUGCCUUCGUGCUGGGUGGAAACGUUUCCUGGCGAGGUUUCCGUCUUCCCACUGCUCUCCGUUCCCACUCUCCCUUUACCUCCCCGGCUCCCCCACGUACUUUGUCCUUGGAAACGUGUAAGUUCGCCCGAAUUUAGAAGGAAAUUUUGGAAGAGCUGUUGUUCCGAAUAUGGAAUCUUAUAGGGUGUUAAUCUCAUUUUAAGACUUACCCUGUAAAACCAAGGUCGCCUCCCUCCAAUCAAUGAAACAUUGAAACGGGCCAGAUCGUUCAUCAUUUCACAAAGCGGAUCCAGACCAAAAUCAAAGAUCUUCUGCAGCAGAUGGAAGAAGGACUGAAGACGGCUGAUCCCCACGACUGCUCUGCUUACACCGGCUGGACGGGCAUAGCCCUCCUGUACCUGCAGCUGUACCGGGUCACGUGUGACCAGACCUACCUGCUCCGGUCGCUGGACUACGUGAAGCGAACGCUUCGGAACCUGAACGGCCGGAGGGUGACUUUCCUCUGCGGAGAUGCCGGGCCCCUUGCCGUCGGGGCUGUGGUUUACCAUAAACUCAAAAGCGACUGCGAGUCCCAGGAGUGCAUCACAAAACUCUUACAGCUCCAGAGGAGCAUCGUCUGCCGGGAAUCGGACCUUCCCGACGAGCUGCUGUAUGGCCGGGCCGGUUAUCUGUACGCCUUGCUCUAUGUGAACUCGGAGGUGGGCCCCGGCGCCGUGUGCGAGUCGGCUAUCAAAGAGGUGGUCGAUGCUAUAAUCGAGUCGGGCAAGUCCUUGUCGCGGGAGGAGAAGAAGGCUGAGCGCUGCCCGCUGCUGUAUCAGUGGCACAGGAAACAGUACGUGGGCGCGGCCCACGGCAUGGCCGGCAUCUACUACAUGUUAAUGCAGCCAGCAGCAAAAGUGGACCAAGAAAUCUUGACCGAGAUGGUGAAACCCAGCAUUGAUUACAUGCGCCACAAGAGAUUUCGAUCUGGGAAUUACCCGUCAUCGCUGAGCAAUGAGACAGACCGGCUGGUGCACUGGUGCCACGGGGCGCCGGGUGUCAUCCACAUGCUCAUGCAGGCGUACAAGGUGUUCAAGGAAGAGAAGUACCUGAAGGACGCCAUGGAGUGCAGCGACGUGAUCUGGCAGCGGGGCUUGCUGCGGAAGGGCUACGGGAUCUGCCACGGGGCCGCCGGCAACGGCUACUCCUUCCUGUCCCUGUACCACCUCACGCAGGACAAGAAGUACCUCUACCGCGCCUGCAAGUUCGCAGAGUGGUGUCUCGAGUACGGAGCACACGGGUGCCGCAUUCCCGACAGGCCCUACUCUCUCUUUGAAGGCAUGGCCGGCGCCAUUCACUUUCUGUCCGACAUCCUGGUCCCCGAGACGUCAUGGUUCCCGGCGUUUGAACUCGGCUCUUCACAGGGGGAUGCAAAGAUGCAGAAAGACUACUGAGAGAGCCAGCUGGCCCAGGAGCCGCCGGGUUGCUCGGUGCCUGACACAGAACCGACUGUGAAUCCUGCAAGAGGGAGGAGCGGGGGAGGCAGACUCCUUCACGGCCCCCUGUGUCAGCGUGAGUGGCAGGGCCGCCCCGUCGGCGUCCCGUCCCCGUGCCCCCCCUCACCGGUGUCGAACACGACCUCUCCGUGCCCGGCCCUCCGUAGCGUUUGCAUGUCUCGAUGUUCGCUGUCUGUAGGCGUAGGUUGUUCUUGGCGGAAGCCCUUCCCGUCCCUGCGCCCGAGCUGGCUGUGCAUGAGGGCACGCGGCAGCCGCUUCUCUGUAUAUAACACUUACAGCGGGGUGUUUUCUGUGUUGGCAAACCAGGGACUUGGCGGGUGGUGUCUCUUUAAGUAUCAGAAAGAUUCCCUAAGGUGAUGGCCCAGGGGUAAGACUUUCCGGCAUUUCCUGUGGGUACCUUGCAGAUGAGCAGGAGAGAAAGGCCACUCCAGAAAUGAACAGAAACAGAACAGGUGGGGAAGUUUUGCUGGCGUGGAGGGUGGGGAGCCACCAGGCAGGGCUUCUGUGCUCGUCUUGGUGUGAAAUUCCAGACUCUCCUGGUGGUCAGUCCAAGGCAGCUUGUGCCCUGGGGAGUGGAUUCGUGACACCAGGGACAUUCAAGGGAAGCCUUUCCACGGCCACGUUGCAAACCAAGCAGCAGUGACUGAAGCUUGGCCAGUCUAGAUUCAGUGUGUAUUAUUCAAACAGGCUGCACCUCACUUUUCUCAACAUUGUAACUCAGCGUUCAGUUCAGUGGACACAAUUCUAGGUGGGUAAUAAACAGAAACACUCAGCUCUUCCUGUGUCCCUCCAGUUAAACUGAUUUCAAAGUUCAGUGAGCUAGCAAAGUGUACAUUUGGGAUGAAGAUAGUCCUCAUUUUUUGUCUACUAUUUGGGUGAUGAAAAAAAAAAUCGCACGUUGAUGAAAUAUAUUACGUACACAGUGCUGGUCUGCAUUUACACACGUGGGCAACGAGGUUCCAGCCAGGAACAUUGGGAUCCUGUCUGACUUUUUUUAUUUUAAAAAUGGGCAUUAGUUUGCAUUUUACCCUAUAGAUCUCAGUUUUUAGAAGAGCUUUGUUGUCAAGAUACAGGAUGGUCUAGGGUUUCUCCAGACUUCGCAUCUUACAAGCUGAGGCCCAAUGCUGAAGCACGAGGUGGGUCUCUGAGGGCCGGAAGGCAGGUCUCUGGUGGGUCCUUAUCUAUAAGGGGGUCUCAGUGUUUGUCAGGCCUAGUGUCCCCCCUUCACAAAGGAGAAAGAAGGAUGUGGAUGUAGGAGACAGACUCCUUCACACAUGUGCCGUUCUCAGGGCGCUGGUGACCACUGCUUGUGGGGCGACACCUCCCGUGUGACCCCCAGCUUCUGAAUGCUGCCCUGUGGGUCUCUUCAUGCAGUCCGGUUUCUGAGACACAAUCGUUCAAGUGAGGUUGGUGGUGACUUCGGUGGGUGUAAAUCCUCCUGGUGGGUCAGGACCCGAGCGAGCCGAGGGGGCUUCCGGCAGAGGAGCCCUGCUGAUGCCACACCCCGCAUGGCCGCCCUCAGGGCCUCGACGACAGGUUUUGCAGCUUUGCCGUUUCUCAGGGGAGGCCGGUGGGGCUGCCUGGGGGCCACCCCAGCUCGGCAAGAGGGCGGCGGAUCGUGGACGCCUUGCAUCUGAUGUGUCUCCUGACCAGGAGCAGCGAGAGUGACCCCCAGUCAUCUGAGCAUCUCACUGUGUAUGAAAAAUGUUCAGUUUCUGAUUGACACACUGAGGGAAGGAUAGCACACUUGUGGGGUACAUGGAGGAGAUUGUAUUUACAAGGUUUUAUUUACAGCCUACUUACGCACUCGCUGUUAACAGAGGUGCAGCCUGUGACUCCCCAGUGACCCACUUCCUAGCCCCUGACGCCGGCUCCGGCUCUUGGGCCCUGAAGGCAGCCGGACAGGAUGUGCAGAAGCCGCUCGCACAGUUCCAACAGGUGUUUGAAUUCGGAUCUCCGAUCAUCUCACAGCGAUUUGUUAAGAUUUGGUUGUGUCCUCGAAAACGUGUCCUGAGUUUUUUAAAUAAUGCGUGUGUGCACUGUUCCAUUUUAAGAAGGAAAGUCGAUGUUUACAAGAAGUGCGCGGGGUUCUCUGGUUUGGUGCUCAGUAAAGUUUCGGUUUCGUGGUGA